AUGUCAAACAACUCGGAAUUUGGACAACAUAGUGUAGAAGGGGAACAUGAGGAUGAAGGCAAUUCAUAUAGUUCGGGUAAACAUCGUUCUUAUGUUUGGGACUAUUUUGACCCAUUACCGGUUGCACCCAAUGGGGACAAAAAAGCAAAAUGCAGUGCUUGCGGACAAGUGUAUGUUACGAAUGCAAGCUCGGGAACAUCUAACUUAAGACGACAUAUCCCUAAGUGUUUUGAUAUUGAUGGGCCUGGUCCGGCGAAAAAACAAAGAUGCGCCCCUUUAGAUCAAGCGAUGUACAGGGAGAUGUUGGCGAUUUCAAUUAUCAAACAUAACUACCCUUUCAGCUAUGUUGAACAUGAGGAAACAAGAAAGUUGCACAAAUUUCUACACGGUGAUGUGAAAUUCAUAACAAGAAAUACUGCAAAGGCGGAUGUCUUAAAAAUAUACGAGCGAGAGAAGAUGAUUAUUAAAGACAAGUUAGAAAAGGUAACCGGUAGGAUAUGCUUGACUUCUGAUUUAUGGAGUUCGAUCACGACAGAUGGAUUUAUGGCAUUAACAGCUCAUUAUGUUGAUGAGAACUGGAAUCUAAGGAAAAAAGUGCUAAACUUUAGAGUUAUACCCCCUCCACACAGUGGUUCCAUUUUAGCAGAGCACUUGAUCAAUUUUUUAGCAGAUUGGGGCAUCGAGAAAAAAGUUUUUACCAUCACACUAGACAAUGCAAAAUACAAUGAUAUAUUAGUAGAUCGUUUGAAAGGUCAUUUGCGUUUGAAUAACGCAUUAGUGUGUGAUGGAGAAUUUACUCAUGUGCGUUGUUCAGCGCACGUGCUAAAUCUUAUCGUUCAAGCCGGAUUGAAAGCAAUUGAAGGGGCCAUUGAAAAGGUUCGAGAGUCGGUGAAAUAUGUGAGAGCAAGUGCUGCUAGGAAGUAUAAGUUUGCGGAAUGCAUACAAAUGCUUUCACUACAAUGUGGGAAGCAUCUUAUCGACGGGCUUAUACUCGGUUAG